CAUCCUCAGUUCUCUCAGAUCGUGUCAACAAGAGCAAGUCCAUUGUUGUAAGUUGUUUUCGGUGUCAUCAGCGGAUGGAAACAGACUUCCUGGUGGUUUAAUCGCAGUAUCAACAGUAAAAAGUGAAAAUGUACGGUCAGGAUCAGGGUCCAGACAUCCCAGCUGCUUUGGCAAUGCUCAAUCAUCUCAGUAACGUCGACCUGGGGGAAAUAUUGAACGAUGAGGAGAGGUUCGAGGAAGUUGUCAAAGAUAUUAAACAGUUUAAAGAUCUGGAAUCUGAGAAGGACCUUCUGAUCGCUGGAAAUCGUUCACUGGCUGAGGUUAAUCUGGCCAAGCAGCCCCAGUUCGAGGAGAAUAAAAAGGCAGUCCAGGAACUAUCAGAAAAGUGCUCCCAACUUUUUACGAGUGUCCAAGAGAAAAUUGCGGAAAUCCAGGCAAAAACUGAACCAUCAUCAGUUGAGUCAACAUUCGAACUGCUGCAAGCAGCAGCUGCAGAAAUUGAAGAGGAAUCUGAGAAAAUAGCCGAGAAAUUCCUGUCAGGAGACACAGAAGUCGAUGAAUUCCUGGAGCAGUUCUUGACCCGAAGAAAAAUCAUGCAUUUGCGAAAGGUGAAGGUAGACAAGAUGCGAGAGCUGAUGAGAACACCAACAUCGAGAUCGUCAGCGGGUCCUGGUUAUCCACCAGCUAGUAAUUUUCCAGGAAUAGCUCCAGGUGUGCCCUAUCCAACUGGGGCCGUGGGCAUGCCCAUGCCAGUGCCCUCCUUAUACCGACCAUACUAAUCACUUCUCCGUGGAAAUCCAGAACUCGACGAGUCUGAGCCAUAAAUUAUAUAAGUGAUCGACAUUAAAUAUUAAUUUACUAGGAGUAAUUGCAGAUGUUUACGACAGUGUUUAAUCGCAUAAAUAUUUGCAUUGAUAAUGGAAUAUCGAGAGGUUGUUUGAAAUUAAAUUUUUAUUCAUAAAUAAGUAGAGAA